GGAACAUCUGGGUUAAAGAAUAUGGGGAAUACAUGUUAUAUGAAUGCGCCGAUACAGUGUCUGAGUGCAACAGUACCAUUUGCGAGGUUUUUUACUGAGGUUGAUCUCAAAACUGCGAUUAACUACAUGAACAAGAUGAACUCGCAAGGGCAGCUGACGAGGGCGUUUUCGAGGCUCGUACAUGACAUCUGGCAUGGGGAUAUGCCGUAUAUCACUGCGAACGAUUUCCGGCGCACACUUUGUUCCCUCAAUGCACAAUACAUUGGCACUUCUCAACAUGACUCCCGGGAAUUCCUCUCCUUCCUCCUCGACGGUAUCCAUGAAGACACCAACAGAAUCAUGGCGCGCAAACCCAUUACCCGGACGCCCGAGGAAGAGGAACGAUUAGAAAACCUACCCCAGCAGAUUGCAGGAGAGUACGAAUGGCAGGUUUGGCGGCAGAGCAAUGAUAGUAUCAUUGUAGAUUUCUUUCAAGGAAUGUUCAGGAAUCAGCUGAGGUGUAUGAAAUGCGAGAAGACAUCCACGACCUAUAAUGCAUUCUCGAUACUAUCUUUACCGGUGCCCGCCCGUAGUGGUAAAAUCCCUCUACAGAAUUGUUUAAAGGCGUUCUUCAACGUCGAAGUCAUGGAAGGGGAUGAUGCGUGGGACUGCCCGCGCUGCAAGACCAAGCGCCCAGCAACCAAGACCCUGUCCCUUGCUUGUCUCCCCCCUGUCCUUGUCAUCCAUCUCAAGCGAUUCGAAGUCAAUGGCCGGUUCAGUGAUAAAAUCGAUAACUUCGUCGAUUUUCCUGUCAAGGGAUUGGAUUUGACUGAACUCAUGCCUCCGCCGAUACAGGUGGGACCGUACAAGUAUGAACUCUAUGGGGUUACGAACCAUUAUGGCAACCUGAGUAGUGGG